AUGGAUCCAAUUGAUCCCAACGAACCGCCCUCUGGGCUUGACCAGCCUGCUUUCGACUCCCAGGCCUUUUUCAAUGGCCUUGCCAACCUUGACGCCGAGGGACCUUUCAAUGGUUCCAAUGACUUCAACUAUGAAGUCCCCGAACUCUUGGGCAGCUUUGACGAGUACUAUGCCAGUAUUGAUCUUGACGCGCUUGACCAGUCUGGUUUUGACCAGCCCAGGUUAACCACACCUAUCAACCCCUCUGUCCGAGCAGUAUCCAACAAUCUCCCCGCCCAUGCACCAUACAGUCAGAUGACCUACGACCCCUUGAUUGGGAUUGCAUACACCCCGGUAGACACUGAAGCCGACAAGAUCCGAAAGUGGGAGAACCUCAUUGCCCAUGCCAAUUUGGCCAGCGCUGGAGUGCCACCCUCUGCUCCUCAGUCCAUUGAGGAAGAGCUGGUUGAACAAAACCCUCCGGCUGUGGACUCGCCCAACUCCCUAUUUGAGUCUCCUCGCUCCCCGUCUGUUGACGCCCUUGGGACUCCCAGCACCACUCCGUCGACUCCCUCUCCUCCUCAACCUCCUGCGGCUACAAUGGCAUCUUCGAACCCCGCGAAGAAUUUGACUGCAAGCACCAUUCCUCGCACCGUGCACCUUCCGCGAGCGUUGACGAGCCACAAGGGCUAUGCUCAGCACGUUUCACCAUUUGCCCCCGUUGCAACAAUCUCCCCUCCUGUUCACUCCGCCCCAAAUUCUCGCGAGCUUGAGAACGCCCGGUCCCGCAUCCAGAUCCUGUCCAGGGAGCGAAACUACUAUCAACGUUGUUUACGAAAGGCAACUGCUAUUGACCCUAAGACAGGCAAGACAAGCCUCCAGCUUCUACAGGCGGAGAAUGCGGCCCUUCGCCGGGUCAAUGCCAAACAGGUCAAGGAGAAUGAGAGUCUCAAGCGGGAGAUUGAAGGGACUCGGAAGUCAUACGCCUCCCUGGUUGACAACUACAAUAGUAACAUCAAGCAGCUGCACCGAGCACAGUUUGAGCUUCGACAGCUAGGGAAGUAG